AUUUUUCUAAUAUUGUACAGCAUCAAGACACACACACACACACACACACACAGCAUCGACACAGCCGGGCUGGACGCUGCCAUCAGGCCCACGCAUGAACUUGUUGCUCACCCUAAACUGACGACCACAAAGUGUGUUAGUGCUGCUGUAGCAUCUCCUACAUGCUGCAUCUAAUGUUUAUUUGUGGUUAUGCUGAGAUGUUUUUUUAUUGUUUGCUCAUCAGGACAAUAAAACAUUGAUCUAUCGUUAACUCACACUGUUUGACCCUGAGGCAGCCCACUGGUGACCCCUGCAGGGCCCCAGACCGCAGUCUGAGAACCACAGCUGUGGCUCCUCCUGAGAGAGAAACAUGCAGCGGAGGCUCGUGGCCGCUUGGGGGCGCUACUGUCCAAGGCUCCACUCAGCAUCAGUCUCGGAGCAGUUUGGGCCUCCUCUGAUGAUGAGGAGCACUUCAGCUCCUCCACCUGAACUCCAUCACAAACUGACACCUCCACCCUCAUCCGGAGCUGUGACCACACCAUCACCAUCCACAGUGUGUGUGUGUGUGUGUUGUUGUUGUUGUUGUUGUUGUGCGUAAUUACGCACAGACAUCCACGGACACACUUUGUCCUGUCAGCAGAGUAAACUCCCAGAAGUCUCUGCUGUGGAUGAUUUGUUUACAUGUGCACAUCCUCCACCCUGCAGCCUCUUCUGACGUCACACGUCAACUUUUUGGGGGUAUGAAUCCGCGCGCGCACUGCGGAUUUUAAGUUUCAGUGUGUGUGUGCGCGCGCGCGCAUCAGGAUGAAGAGUGUGUGUGUGAUGGUGGCAGAAAAUCACUGCGUAUUUUAUAGGUCAGGUAUUUUGGGAAUGUGCCCGCGGAGCGCCGCCACGUGCGUAAUGACGCGUCUGGCUGCAAAUAGAUGAAUUAAGGCGCGCGGAGGCUUCAUGAAGGCGCGCGGAGCAGUUCACCCCGAGGAGGCUGCGCGCGGGAAUUACUCAUUUCUCACACCAACACCAGCUCCAGCGCUCGUGCGUCUGCGUCUCCACGUCCAUGGAUAAAAAGGCACCGGAGGCAGCAGGAUGGUUGUUGUGGGAGCGAGUAACGGAACCUUCGGUGGCGGGAACAUGAGGUCGUCGUUCAUGAUAGAGGACCGAUCGGAGGCUCUCGCGCUGAUGAUUGCGCAGGGCGCCGCAGAGGCUGCAGCGGCGGCGGCAGCAGCGACAUCACCGUCCACCUCCAGUCAGCCGCAGGUCAUGGAGACGAACGGGACCCGGUGCGGGGAGCAGAUCCUGAGCUACGGCCGGGUGGAGAAAGUCCUGAUCGGCGGGGUUCUCACCAUGCUCACGCUGUCCACCAUCUGCGGGAACCUGCUGGUGGUCAUCUCCGUGUGCUUUGUGAAGAAGCUGCGCCAGCCGUCCAACUAUCUCAUCGUGUCUCUGGCCAUGGCGGACCUGUCGGUGGCUCUGGCCGUGAUGCCGUUCGUCAGUAUCACGGAUCUGAUCGGGGGUCAGUGGAUAUUCGGACAGUUCUUCUGUAACGUUUUCAUCGCCAUGGAUGUGAUGUGCUGCACCGCGUCCAUCAUGAGCCUGUGCGUGAUCAGCAUUGACCGGUAUUUGGGUAUCACCAAACCUCUGACGUAUCCGGUCCGGCAAAACGGCUGCUGCAUGGCCAAGAUGAUCCUGUCGGUGUGGCUGCUCUCCGCCUCCAUCACCCUCCCGCCUCUGUUCGGCUGGGCGCAGAAUGUCAACGACGGCAGAGUCUGCCUCAUCAGUCAGGACUUCGGCUACACCGUCUACUCCACCGCUGUGGCGUUCUACAUCCCCAUGUCGGUGAUGCUGAUCAUGUACUACAGGAUCUACCGGGCGGCCAAACUCAGCGCCGCCAAGCACACCAUCACCGGUUUCCCCAGGGAAGGGGAGCACGGCGCCGGGGCGGCUCCGCGAGGGGCAAGAGGCGGGCAUGAGGCGGUGCUGUCAGGAGAAACAGAAAGUGUUAAAGAGACGGAGGCGGAGCACAAUGAGGACGCCGAGGACGAAGAGGAGGAGAGUUUGGACUGUGUGGCGGCUGCGUUGAAGCUUCAGCGCGAGGUGGAGGAGGAGUGCAGCACGCGAGUGUCUCGCCUCCUCAAAACAGGUGAACACCACCAACGCCGGAAGAGGAAAAACCAGUCCAUCUUCAAGCGGGAACAGAAGGCGGCGGCCACGCUGGGCAUCGUGGUCGGUGCCUUCACCUUCUGCUGGCUGCCGUUCUUCCUGGUGUCCACCGCCAGGCCGUUUGUCUGCGGCGUGGAGUGCAGCUGCGUGCCGCUCUGGCUGGAGAGGACUCUGCUGUGGCUCGGUUACGCCAACUCCCUCAUCAAUCCGUUCAUUUACGCUUUUUUCAACCGCGACCUGAGGACCACCUACAGUAACCUCCUGCGGUGCCGCUACAGGAACAUCAAUCGGAAGCUGUCGGCGGCUGGCAUGCACGAGGCUCUGAAAUUGGUGGAGAAGCCAGAUACUGACGUGUAAAGGUGGAGGUCAUCGGCGAAGCUGCAGAGACGUUUGGCGUGGAUUCAAAGCCAGCUCGCUGCCAGACUGGUUAUCUCCCCCAAAUUUAUAGGAUGGCGGCUGAGGGGAUACUGUGAGUAAACGGACAUUCAUGAAGAGGAUUGUUAUCUCACUGGCACACGGUGGAACAAUGGUUGCACCUCUGCUGAACCAUCGUUGGUGGAGCGGCACAGAUUUGGAUGGUAGUGGGUGUCGUGUACGGACGAAGUUCCCACGAAGCUAGAACACCAAAAUGUUCCUGAUUUCCACGAGACACAGUUUUUCUUUGUUUCCUUUGGUGGACAAUGAGUAGACAAGUUGUAAUAAACUGUAAAAACGUGUACACAAGUCUUCAUCACGCUGUUUCAGGUCAUCGCUUUGUGCCAGAACAUGCUGAAAUCAGGCCGCCCUGUUUUUAGAUCCGUGCCUCAUUGAUCGUAGCUCAGUCACAGUUUGGACGGAUCAUGGUUCAAACUUUUCUUCUCUUCUGUUCUUGUGACUAAUCGUUCCUCCAUCAGUCGUUCCGUUCAAGAUAAUCAGUCCACAGAGAAAGAAACCUGCAAAAAAUGUCAAAGUUUUUAUUUGAUAACUGACUUUCAAGCUGACUGACAGAUGGUUUGUUACACAGAAUCAUCUGGGAAGUCGUCGAAACUGUUGGAAAAGGACAAAAAAAAAAAA